AUGUACCCAUAUGGGGUAAAAGUACCGAAAAAAACUUGCUAUAUCUGUGGAAAGGCAGUUGGAACUGCUAAGCAUCUGCUGGUGGGAUGUAAGGUACUCCUGGACAGCGGUCAAUACUCGCGUCGUCACGAUAGGGUUUUAGAAAUCAUACGUUUUGUGAGAGAAGGCACUAGGGCUACAAAAUCAAACGUCAAGCCUUACUCCAUCCUUAAAGCGGCGUCGGAUUGGACUAUAAUGAUGGACACGUAUGAAAAACAAUAUAAAAUCCCCGAGGAUAUUUGCGCGUCGGCCUCCAGACCGGAUAUAUUUUUGUUUUCGCGAAUUUUAAAGCGCGUAGUGAUGAUAGAGCUUACGGUCCCUUGGGAAACCAACAUCCCCAAAGACCAUACCAUCAAGGUCAACAAAUAUUACGAGCUCACAAACGAACUCACUCGAAAUAGGUUCGUAGUAGAUUUGUACGCGGUAGAGGUGGGAGCGAGAGGUAUAACAGCGAAAUCUCUCUACAACCUACUAAAGGACUUGGGCUUGUCCAGAACUCACAUUAAUGCAUUCUUGGAACGUAUAUCGAAGGCAGCCCUAGUAGGUUCUUUUCAAAUUUGGUUAGGUAGAGAGAGGAGCUUGGACAGUGGAGGUGAGCGUAUAACGCGCGUUAGUUAA